UCAUGGCACAAUAUGUAUUAUCGACCGUAUUUAAUAAUAUUUUAAACAAACAAUACCGAAGAACGAAAAACCUAUUGUUUGUUUAAUGGACGUCGUUAAAAAGAAAACAUGUAAUUUUUCACAACUGAAGGAACCUAACAUAACAUCCACUGAUGUAGACAACUAUUUAGUUGAAGGUAAUUAAAAAAAGGACAAUAAAAAUGCAGCGAACAAAUUUACCAGUAGUCUCAAUGCAACUGGACUCCUCCAUUGCAAUAAAAAUAAGCAUGGGAGGAUCAAUGUUCCAAGAGAGAACACUAAUGGGUCGUUCAGAUGUGUGGCACAAGAUUAAAAUUGUAAAUGGGACUUUAUAUGAUAAAGAGACAGUACUGAAAGCAAUUCUGACUGCUAUAGAGCCAGCAGAACUAAUUCCUGUUAAGUACCAAGCCAAUGCAGAAGAUACUUUUUUCCUGGCACGCAAUUGUGCUCAUGCCCUGGAUAAACUCUGCAAGACUAACUUAAUAAUAAAGAAUCCAGAGGGAGAUCCAUUGAUACUAGUAGUAACUUUGGGAUUUGCAUCUAUUCAUGACUUAAAAAUUAAUCUUCAACCGUUACUUUUGACUGCUCUAGCCAAGAAAUAUGACCCUAAUAAGAGAUCCUUGGAUUUGGAGCAAUUUCACAAGGAUCCUGAUAUGUCUAAGACUGUCUAUUGCCCACUAUCUCAACAGAGAACUUUUAAUCAUGUUCUGAAGCUAACAAAGUCUGCUAUAGCCACAGUAGAAUACUUGAAUCUACAGAAGAACGAGUUAUUUAACCUGUCUCCCAUAGAAGCUUCUAAUUUGACCUCGAUAAGAUAUAUGGAUCUGAGAUAUAAUAAUUUAAUAGCUAUGGAAGCACUUACUCCGUUGAAAAAUCUGUGUAUACAGAGAUUAUGGUUGGAUGGAAAUCCUCUCUGUGAAAAUUAUGCAAGUUCCAAGCAGUAUAUAGAAUCUGCACUAAAAUAUUGCCCUAAUUUAACUCAGUUAGAUGGAGUAUACAUUAGAACAUCUGGACUACCACUGACAUAUGCUAAUUAUUUCAAGAAUUUGUCAAGAGAAGAACUAGUUGUUAAAUUUGUUAACCAUUUUUUUAACCUAUAUGACCAUAGUGAUAGAACAGUCUUGAAGGGAAUCUAUUACAAAAAUGCAUUCUAUUCAAUGAGCUUUGGAAUUACUUCAUCGGUGGCCCAUAAGAGGAACCUUGUUCAAUUUACAGCCAACAGAAAUAUACUGAGGAGUGCAGAUCUGAAUAAAAAAAGACAACACCUCUAUUAUGGACAAGACAAUAUUCUAGGAGGUUUAAAGAGGCUACCAAGGUCCCAUCAUGAUAAAACUUCAUUUGUGUAUGAUUUAAUGUAUGAUGAUGGCAAAUGCUUAGUCAUUUCAGUCAGUGGACUGUUUAAAACAAUGAACAACUCUUCUCAAGUAUUAUGGUUUAAUAGAACCUUUGUUUUGCAAGCUGGUCCUGACCAUGAGUACAAUAUUUUGAAUGAUCAGUAUCAUGUGGACUCCACUUUGGCAGAAAUCCCACCAAAUAGUAUAGAAAGCAAGGUUCCUUAUGAUGAAAUUUCACCAUCUUGUUUCAGUACGAGUGAGAAAAAAGAAUUGAUGAAUAAAUUUUUAGAAUUAACUACUUUGAACAGUGACUGGAGUCAGACCUACAUGGAGGAAGCUAAAUGGAAUUUAAGAAAAGCUAUUUCGAAUUUUAUGAAGGAUUACAAGUCUUCUGCUAUUCCUACUGAGGCCUUUUUAAGAUAG